AUGAAGUCCAUCUUCUACAGCCGCUUUUUCAUUCUGCUUCCAUGGGUGCUGAUCGUCAUCAUCGUGAUCGACAUCGACACGAAGAGGUCCUCUGUGCGCAACACGGCGCACUCGUACCUGUCCCGGCUGAGCAGCGCGCCGCGGCGGGACGCAGCUGUCCACGCGCUCAACCGCACCGCGCCGCCGCCGCCGCCGCUCAUCUACGCCAUCACACCCACGUACAGCCGCGCCGUGCAGAAAGCCGAGCUCACGCGCUUGGCCAACACUUUCCGCCAGGUCCCGCACUUGCACUGGAUCGUGGUGGAGGACUCCGCAAGUCGCACCGAGCUCGUGUCGCGCUUCUUAGCGCGCGGCCGCGUCCCGUACACGCACCUGCACGUGCUCACUCCGCGCCGCUAUAAACGCGCCGGCAUGCCGCGCGCCACCGAGCAGAGGAACGCCGCGCUCUCGUGGCUCCGCGCGCACCGCACGGCCGCCGACUCCGGCGUGGUGUUCUUCGCCGACGAUGAUAACACGUACAGCCUGGAGCUUUUUGAAGAGAUGCGGUUGACGAAAGGAGUAUCAGUAUGGCCGGUGGGACUUGUAGGGGGUCGCAGGUAUGAGCGCCCCAUUGUAGAAAAAGGCAAAGUGGUGGGCUGGUACACAGGCUGGAAGGCUGACCGACCUUUUGCCAUCGACAUGGCAGGCUUUGCUGUGAACCUCCAGGUGAUCCUAGCGAACCCACGAGCUCUGUUCAAGAGGAGAGGAGCCAAGCCAGGCAUGCAAGAGUCUGACUUCCUCAAACAAAUAACCAAGCUGGAGGAUCUGGAGCCAAAGGCUCGCAACUGCACCCAGGUCCUGGUUUGGCACACCCGCACAGAAAAGGUCAACCUGGGCAACGAACCCAAACGGCACCAGGACUCUGUUCUGAUUGAGGUCUAG